GCUGUGAUCAGCAUUGGUCAGGAGCGGUCGUGCUCUAACAAUUGUGAAGAUUCUACAUCAGAGCAGUUCCAUAAAUAGCUGAGAUUAUCUCGAUAGAAGGGCUUUUGAAAGCCUCAGCCUUCUCGCGAGAUGGACUUGAGUGAAAAAAUUGUGGAAAAUAACUUCAAAAUUGUUUUUAAAAGAAAAAUGACAUUAAAAAUUGCCCUUUUUUGGGUUUAUUCUGCUGUUCUCGUCUAAAGGUAGAGCAUACACUUCAUCACAUUCCUUAAUUUAUAUUUGAAUCGGUGUUAAUAAAAUCCAUUCUUUAUUUUAAUUCGGGUACAAAAAUCGCGUGUUUUGUGGUGGAGGAUUGGCCCAGCUACAGAAAUAAUUCAUAAACAGUUGAGAUUAGUGAUCAGGCUCCACGCUAAGGAACACCUGUAAUGUGAAGAUUGUCUGGGACCUUUGGCAAAUGUUUAGUAAAGCAUAUUGGAGCAAACUUUCUCAAUAAGUCAUUGAGACAAAUAUUCAAAAGUCACCAACAUGUCUUCACUGCAGCUUUUGCGAACAACACAAAAGGGUCCUGGUUUCUCUCACUCUAGAAGGAAAGUACUUGCAGUUGCAGCAGCGGCAUUGAUUGCUGGAGGUGGUCUGGUAUAUAUGCAGUCGAGUUUGCGUAGUAGAAAUUCUCACAAUGAACAGUAUGAUUCUUCUAAUGGAACUGAUAAAGAGAAAGAAACAGCAAGACGAAAUGGACCUAAUAGUCCUAUGUCUAAAAAGAUCAGGCUAAAAAGGAGUGCACUGAAAUCACUCAAGGCAUUAGCAGGAAUUCUGUUAGCUCAGAUGGGUAGAAAAGGAAUGCAUAAUCUCUUAUCUCUGGCUGUAAUAGUGAUACUUAGAACUGCUUUAAGCAAUCGAUUGGCAAAAGUUCAAGGUUUUCUGUUCAGAGCUGUUUUUCUAGGGCGUCUGCCUUUAUUCUUGCGCCUCAUUGCCGAAAAUCUUCUUUUAUGUCUUCUUCAAUCAGCGUUUUUCUCCACUGCAAAGUAUUUAACAGGAACCUUAAGCUUGCAUUUCCGAAAAAUAUUGACAGAUCGUAUUCAUGCAGACUAUUUUCAGAAUAUGACAUAUUACAAGAUAUCUCAUGUGGAUAGUCGAACAACUAACCCAGAACAGAGAAUUGCGAGUGAUAUUCCAAAGUUCUGCUCAGAGUUGUGUGAUCUUAUUAGAGAAGACUUGACUGCAGUUUCUGAUGGACUGCUAUAUACCUGGCGUCUUUGUUCUUACGCGAGUCCUAAAUAUGUUCUAUGGAUACUGGCAUAUGUUACUACUGCAGGUCUUGUAAUUACAAACCUUUCUCCCCCUUUUGGGAAGCUGAUGUCUAAAGAACAACAGUUGGAAGGAGAUUAUCGACAUUUACAUUCCCGAUUAAGGAGCCAUUCAGAAAGUGUUGCAUUUUAUGGUGGCCAAGAUAGAGAGGCAUCCUAUAUACAACAUCGUUUUAAAAUCCUGGUUAGGCACAUGAGCCUUGUUCUGCAUACAAAUUGGUGGUUCGGGAUGAUACAGGACUUUUUCCUUAAGUAUUUGGGUGCUACAGUUGGGGUAGUUCUCAUCAUUGAACCAUUCUUUUCUGGCAAUUUGAAACCUGAUACUUCAACAUUAGGACGUGCUGAAAUGUUGAGUAACCUACGCUACCAUACUAGUGUCAUUAUAUCUUUGUUCCAAGCCUUGGGAACACUCUCUAUUAGUUCUCGACGUCUCAGCCGACUUAGUGGUUAUGCGGAUCGCAUUCGGGAACUGAUGCUUGUAUCAAGGGAGCUAAGAGUUGCUGGUGGAAAUCGUGCUAUUCAGAAUAAAGAGAGUGGGAGCUACUUUACUGAAGCCAAACAUAUUGAGUUUGAUGGUGUCAAGGUUGUGACACCAACUGGGAACACCUUGGUAGAAGAUUUGACUCUGAAAGUAGAACCUGGUUCUAAUCUUCUCAUCACUGGUCCAAAUGGGAGUGGGAAAAGCUCUUUAUUUCGGGUGCUUGGAGGCCUUUGGCCAUUGGUGGCUGGCCGUGUUACAAAACCAGGGUUGGGGUCAGAUCUCAAUAGUGAGAUAUUCUAUGUGCCACAAAGGCCUUAUACAGCUGUUGGAACAUUGCGGGAACAGCUAAUUUAUCCUCUUACUGCUGCAGAGGAGACUGAGCCACUUACUGAGGAAGGGAUGCAUGAGCUGCUUAAAAAUGUUGAUCUUGAGUAUCUAUUAGAUCGUUACCCUCCAGAUGAAGAAGUGAACUGGGGUGAUGAACUUUCACUUGGGGAACAACAGAGAUUAGGAAUGGCAAGACUUUUUUACCACAAACCUAAAUUUGCUAUCCUUGAUGAGUGUACCAGUGCUGUCACUACAGACAUGGAAGAGCGGUUCUGUGCAAAAGUUCGUGCAAUGGGUACAUCAUGCAUUACAAUAUCUCACAGGCCUGCUCUUGUAGCAUUUCAUGAUACUGUUCUGUCUUUAGAUGGGGAGGGAGGCUGGAGUGUUCAUUACAAGAGGGAUUCUGCAACAUGCCUUCAUGAAAUAAGAAAUGAUGAAUCUGGUAAUGAAAUAAUGAGAACGGAGCGUCAGAGUGAUGCAUUGACAGUGCAAGAAAUGUUUGCAUCCACAAACGGGGAAACUGCAUACGAUGAUUCCACAUUGAUUGAACCAUAUGUAGGUGAUGUAGUAGCAAAGUCUCCACCAAAAGAGCCUCAAAUAUCAAUUCCCAACAUUCCAUUGUUGAAGGCCAAUCCUCGUAAAAUGCCAACAAGAGUAUCUGCACUCCUAAGGAUAUUGGUUCCAACAUUAUGUGACAAGCAAGGUGCACAAUUCUUUGCAGUGGCCUUGCUUGUGGUGUCAAGGACUUGGAUCUCUGAUCGUAUAGCUUCUCUUAAUGGCACAAGUGUAAAAUAUGUUUUGGAGCAGGACAAGACAUCUUUUAUUAGACUUACCGGUAUUAGUGUUUUGCAAAGUGCAGCCUCCUCUAUUGUUGCGCCCUCCCUCAGGUAUUUAACAGCAAGACUGGCUUUAGGAUGGCGGACACGCUUGACAAACUAUCUUUCAAAGAACUAUUUCAGCAAAAAUGCAUUUUACAAGGUAUUCCAUCAGUCAGAGAAAGGCAUAGAUGCAGAUCAGCGGAUAACAAACGAUGUGGACAGGCUUAGUGAUGAUCUGUCUGGGCUUGUUACUGGAAUGGUGAAGCCCAUUGUAGAUAUUCUUUGGUUUACUUGGCGUAUGAGGAUGCUCACAGGCAAAAGGGGGGUUACAAUAUUGUAUGCAUACAUGUUAUUGGGAUUGGGCUUUCUACGGUCAGUUACUCCAGAUUUUGAAUCGCUGACAAGCAAAGAGCAACAACUUGAAAGCAUAUUCAGGUUCAUGCAUUCAAGACUUCGUUCUCAUGCAGAGUCUGUUGCAUUCUUUGGUGGUGGUUCUCGAGAGCAAGCGAUGGUAGAGUCAAAGUUCAGAGAUUUGCUUGAGCACUCUAAAGACCUUCUGAAGAAGAAAUGGAUAUUUGGAAUUGCAGACGAGUUUAUCACGAAGCAGCUUCCUCACAAUGUGACAUGGGGUUUAAGUUUAAUGUAUGCUAUGGAGCACAAAGGAGAUCGGGCUCAAACUUCUGUCCAAGGGGAGUUGGCUCAUGCACUGCGAUUCUUAGCAUCUGUGGUAUCUCAGAGCUUUCUUGCAUUUGGUGAUGUACUUGAACUUUAUGGAAAAUUCCUCGAGCUUUCUGGGGAAAUGAACAGAAUAAUGGAACUGGAUGAGUUGCUGGAUGCUGCUCAAAAAGAUGUAAAGCCUACUAUGCUUAAUCCUUUAAUGCUUAUAGAAGAGAAUAGGAACUCAAAGAGAUUUGAUCAUUUUCUGGAUGAGGAUGUUAUCUCCUUUUCUGAAGUUGACAUCGUUACUCCUGCACAAAAAUUGUUGGCAAGGAAACUAACUUUUGAAGUCACUCCACAAAGAAGCUUGCUUGUGACUGGUCCAAAUGGAAGUGGUAAGAGUUCAAUAUUCCGUGUUCUUCGAGGUCUUUGGCCAGUAGCAAGUGGAAGAAUUAAGAAACCAGAUGAGAAUUGUGAUAACAUUCAAAGUUCACAAAUUAGUCGAAACAUAUUCUAUGUGCCUCAGCAGCCUUAUACUGCUCUUGGCACACUUCGGGAUCAAAUGAUAUAUCCACUGACUCUUGCAGAAGCCACUUUGAAAGCAUCACAAGAGUCUGGACAAGGUAAUAGCUGUGAUGCUGCGGAGAUACUUGAUGGACAGUUGAGAAAUAUUUUAGAGAACAUUAGACUUGUCUAUCUACUAGAGCGAGAAGGUGGUUGGGAUGCAACUGCCAAUUGGGAAGACAUGCUAUCUUUGGGUGAACAACAGAGACUUGGCAUGGCCCGCUUAUUUUUUCAUAAGCCCAAAUUUGGCAUUCUUGAUGAGUGCACUAAUGCUACAAGUAUUGAUGUUGAAGAACAGCUGUAUAAGCUUGCACAGAAUCUGGGCAUUACUGUUGUAACUAUUUCACAGAGGCCUGCCCUUAUACCUUUCCACUCAAUGGAAUUACGACUGAUUGAUGGAGAAGGCAGUUGGGAACUUCGUUCUAUCAAACCUUGAUCAAGUAUUAACAAGGAUUUACAAAUAUUGUGAAAUUCAGACUCUACAUGAUUAUUAUGCUCCACUUCUUUGAUGAGCCAGUGCUCCAUAUAUGCAAGAUAGGGUUUAACUUUGUAGCUUAUGCUCAUUGAUUGGAACUUUUUUAUCAGUCUUUGGAGACUGAAGAACCAAGGCGUUUCCACAGUAUAUUUGAUUUGUAGAACCCUCCAGGAAAAACACAAUCAUGCUUAGGCUACUGCACUGGAUUUUCCCAGUCAGUUUAUUCAGGUAGGAAUCCGUGCUGUUUCGCUAAUCAAAGGUUGUAAUUUGGAGGGUAGAGAGCAGGAGCAUUACCCUUUUUCACAUUGUAUUAAAGGCUCAACAUCAGUUAAUUUGUAAAAUCCCACUGCAUAACAGUCUAUAGAUUACGAGGUGGGACUAGUGUCAAUACUGCAGCAAUUUGUUGGUUGCUGUAUGUGUGCUUUUGUUCUAUGAUAUUGGAGUAAAUUCAUAAAACAGCAAUGCAGGUUGGAGCACUGCUAAAUUUCAUAAGCUGCCCGGCAGUUCCAUGCAGUUGGGUGGCCUGAAUAUCUGUAUCAUAUUCGAGCAUAUUAAAGUUUUGCAAAUAAUUCUAUUUAUUAAAUUUAACAUCUA